AUGGAUUCACGGCAUAUGCCUUUAUCUCUGAAGCAGACUACCCAUAAAGAAGGAGGCUCAUUGACAAUUCAAAGGCUCCCAUCGGAGAUAAGUCAAGGGAUCUGGCAGUUAUCACUGAGCAACAACCGAAUCAUAACAAUAAACUGGGCGUAUAAGGCGGAUCAAGACAUGGGUAAAGAAUCCAUUGCCAAUGACUUUCAUGCGACCUACGAUACAAUUGAGGCCCUAGGAGUUUCGACGGAAUCGCGCAACCUCGCAUUGAAAGAUUACAAAUUGUGCUUCGGCAGCGACAUGCGCCAUCCAAUUUACUUCAACAGUAGUAAAGACAUUCUCAGAUUCACAAAUUUGGCACUUGCACAGAUCACCUACUUCUCAACCGGCGAUGUCUGGAAUACCUAUAGCGUGCGAGCUGCUAACAUCAAGCGCAUUGCUGUUGAGGUGCCCAACGAUGGUAAUGUUUUCGCGCAUCCAAGCAUCAUACCUGAAACAACGUUGUUGUGCUGUACCACUCUGCUGUUCGCUACCUUAGAAACGAUAUUCAUACAGCCAUCUUUUGUUAUUGAUCCAUCUUCUGAGGCAACCUUCCGCGCACAAUUUGAGAAAGAAAUGCAAGCAAACCAGAAGUCUUUUGGUCCUCUUUGGGACGGAGAGCCCUAUAAUAUUCCUGAAAUUGUGUUUGUAUGCUUCCAAUGCGAUCUAAAUUUGCUCAAGGCAUGUCAAUGUUAA